AAUGUUCAAACUUGUGUUUUAAUGCCAUACGGUGCUCCUAUGAGACACUAAAAUAGGAGAAAAGACGAACCUUCAUUUUAUGAUCUCCUCAUUUUUUAUUACCUUUUUUUUUAAAAAAAAAGCUGCCCUUUCACACGUAUAAUGAAUCAUGUAUGGUUUCUAUAAACAUAUUUUAAGAUUUUUUAUAUAAUGUGUAAACCUUUUUUAAAUUCUACAACUACUUUUUGAGAAAAUUAUUUAUCAUUAUCUAAUCAGAGUUAUGUGUAGAGAACUUGCAUUGCCUAUUUAAGCACUCAUCAUAAUGGUUGACGAAUAUGCGCCAGCACCUCUUUCUUCUUCUUCUCCUUCUCCUUCUCCAAUUCGUCUACGCGUUUUCAGUUUCUGUCUAAAGGAAAUUAGAGGCGAAAAAUAGUUUCAUUUGUUGUCCCACCAAGACAAAUCAUAUAUACACGCUCUUGAAUUGUCUUUUUGUGAUGUGGGCAUUGUUCAUUUGGGUUUCUCUGCUUGUCAUAAGCAUCACACAUUGGGUUUACAGCUGGAGAAACCCCAAAUGCAAAGGGAAGCUUCCACCUGGCUCGAUGGGUUUACCUCUACUCGGAGAGACUAUCCAGUUCUUCAAGCCAAACACUACUUCAGACAUUCCUCCUUUUAUCAAAGAGAGGGUUAAGAAGUAUGGUUCAAUUUUCAAGACCAAUCUAGUGGGGAGAACAGUUAUUGUAUCAGCAGAUCCUGAUUUGAGCUACUUUGUGUUUCAACAAGAGGGUCGGCGUUUCCAAAGUUGGUAUCCAGACACUUUUACAAACAUCUUUGGGAAAAAUAAUGUGGGUUCACUACAUGGGCUUAUGUACAAGUACCUUAAAAGCAUGGUCUUGACUCUCUUUGGCUACGAUGGUCUCAAGAAGAUGCUACCUCAAGUAGAGCUGACUGCAAAUAAGAGAUUAGAGCUUUGGUCAAAUCAAGAAUCAGUAGAACUCAAAGAUGCAACCGCAAGUAUGAUAUUUGAUCUCACCGCGAAGAAGUUGAUAAGCCAUGAUCCAGACAAGUCAUCAGAGAAUCUAAGGGCUAACUUUGUUGCUUUCAUUCAAGGACUCAUCUCCUUCCCUUUUGACAUUCCAGGCACUGCUUAUCACAAAUGUCUUAAGGGUAGGGAAAAUGCAAUGAGAAUGUUGAGGAAUAUGCUUCAGGAGAGACGUAGGAAACCACGGAAGAACCCAAUUGACUUCUUUGAUUAUGUCAUUGAAGAGAUUCAGAAAGAGGGGACUAUUCUGACAGAAGAGAUUGCAUUGGAUCUAAUGUUUGUCUUGCUAUUCGCCAGCUUCGAAACAACUUCUCUCGCUUUAACUUUAGCGAUCAAGUUCCUUUCAGAUGACCCUGAAGUUCUAAAACGUUUAACGGAAGAACAUGAGACGAUUUUGAGAAACCGGGAAGAUGCAGACUCGGGACUUACAUGGGAAGAAUACAAGUCAAUGACUUACACAUUUCAGUUCAUAAACGAAACAGCAAGACUAGCAAAUAUAGUUCCUGCCAUCUUCAGAAAGGCGUUGAUAGAUAUAAAAUAUAAAGAUUAUACGAUACCAGCCGGCUGGGCGGUGAUGGUCUGUCCACCAGCUGUACAUUUGAAUCCAAAAAGGUAUGAAGAUCCCUUAGUCUUCAACCCAUCGAGAUGGGAGGAAUCAACUGCUAACAAUGCAUCAAAGCAUUUCAUGGCGUUUGGUGGUGGGAUGAGGUUCUGUGUUGGAACCGACUUCACUAAAUUGCAGAUGGCUGUGGUUCUCCACAGCCUAGUAACAAAAUACAGGUGGGUGGAGAUUAAAGGAGGGAAUAUAGUUCGAACUCCAGGAUUACAUUUUCCAAACGGUUACCAUGUCAGACUCCAUAAGAAAAUAUACUAGAGAAUGAAUGACAAGUAAAACGAAGCUGUUAUACAUCUUGAACACCCUAAGUUAAAACGGGGGAGGAUGUAGCUUGAAUCUAUAUGUCUAAAUUAGGUUAAGGAUGAGAAAUCAGCUACAAAUUAAGGUGAACCACACAAUUUUGAUUUCAAGCUGUCGUGUGUUGGGUCAGAAACUGUAAUACGUAUAGUGUUAUAUAUUUGAUCACAGACAUUUUAACUCCA